ACGGCUAUCUUUCCUGCUGUCGCAGAGGAGGGUCCAGGCGGUGUUGGUAUAUAGAAUAUUAUACAUUGAUAGACGGAGCUGAGCAUCGGCUGUGAGGUGAGAUUUUCGUACUUUGCAGUUAGAGUUCAGUCCACUAGACUCCUCCUCAAUGAUGAUGAACUCUGACAUGGAUGCUCUGGAAGUAGAAAAUCAAGUAGAACUAGAAGAAAAGACUCGACUGAUUAACCAGGUCCUGGAACUGCAGCACACUUUAGAAGAUCUCUCAGCGCGGGUCGAUGCGGUUAAAGAAGAAAACCUGAAGCUCAAGUCAGAAAACCAAGUUCUUGGACAGUAUAUUGAGAACCUCAUGUCGGCCUCUAGUGUCUUCCAAACAACAGACACCAAGAGCAAGCGGAAGUAGUGCAUCUUUGCCGUCACUGGUUUUACUUGUACAGUACCUGAGUAGCAUAUGUGGGUCCAGUUAGUAUAGAAUGUGCAUUCAACCAGACAGUACUUGUGUAGAUCGGUUCUAUGUAUAGUGACUGCACAAACAAUACUACGUUAAUAAAAUGGCUUCACUGUUUUUUUAAUAUAUUAACAACAAUAACCGAAAACCAAAGGCCAACACAUGCAGUUUUGAAGUUUCACGAUGUCCUAUAAAUACAUUCGUUUUUAAAAUCAAAGCUUUACACCAAUAUCCUUGUAGAUAUUUAGUUGGAUAAAAUAACUUUUGUUUUAAUUUUUUUUUUUUUUAAACUCUGAUGUGGGUGCUAAACGUUUCCUUUUUUUUGUUUUUUUUUUUUACCUGCAAAAAAAUGACACUACAUCUACACUACAUGGAUCUUGUUAUAAUCCGUCAAACAAGAUCCUAACUUUUUUGUUUUUAGAUGUUGUAUAUGAAAUAUUGAGAACCGCUCAGCCUAAAAAAAAAAAAUUCUUCAUUUCGGAUUCAUAUUAUCCCAUGCAUCUUAAAUGUGUUAAAUUGUUUGCAUAAGCAUAGAUUUUCUAUGCAGCCAUCUCACACCUUCCUUGCAGCCCUUGGCUAGUUUUAGGCUUUAAAAUAAACCUGAUGGAGGGGGCCAUUGCCAAUCUCUUCUUGGGAAAUGGUUAUUUGACUGGUUGUCAUGCUGACCCUCUUGCUCCUCCCAAUAUUUUGCUUUAAUAAAACAAAUCGGUAAGUCUAACCCACUAGGUUCAAAACUUUGAGUUACUGAUGUGGAAUAAGCAGCCAGAUUUGGAAAGUCAAAACAAGCUGAGAGAUCGAUAAUGACCGCCUGCUUAUUUUCCUUUUAAUUGGUUUACUUUUAACUGAGUUGUUAAUUUUUUAGUAGCUCACUGUACUUUUUUUUUUAAAUUAUUGCAUAUAUUUAUUACUUGGAUAAGAACAUGUUUGCCCUUACCCUUUUUCUUUAGAAGAAUCCUGGAUUCAAUUUUAAAUUGCGGUGAUUAGUUACUGUGUAAAUUGAGGUGGUGUAGCAGACCCCCCCCCAGUGUAUGCGUAGCCUUUCUAAAACCAAUGAAAGCCUUUGCCAAUUCCCCCUCUCCAGUCAACAUUUGGUUCUAUGAGUGUGAUUUACCAUAACGGAUGAGAACCCUUUUUGAUAAUACACAUCGGGGUGAUGAAAGUAUUUCAUAAUGCAGCAGGUAACCCUUACUAUGGAGCACAGAGUCAUUGUUUUCUAGUAGGUGCCCUUUUUCCCUCUCUAAUGAAUAAUAAAUGAUUUGGCAUCCACAAUCGAGAUUUAUAAGUUUUUGUAAAUUUAGCUUUUAAAAACCUACUCCUGUGAUUUUCAAUAGAUGUUGUCUGUACCUGCAGUUUCUAAUCUCAUAUAGGUAUGGUAUAAAGGUAUACUAGUCAUUGGCUGCAAGAUCAAGAUUACCUUUAAGCAUCCUGUGUAGGUUUAAUUUUUUUUAUUUUUUAUUUCCUAUUCUUGUUCUGCAUUCCCUUUUUAAAUUAUUUAAUGACCCCAUUCCAGCCUUGGGCUGCUUGGUCAGUAUCACGUGAGCGUAAUGCUACCUUGUAAGAUCAGAACAGUAUUCACUGUAAAAUAUUGUAGGGUGUAUGUGUUUUAGCAAAUGUGUAUUUAUUUUUUUGUGACGAUAUGUUUGUUUACCAAACACCAAGGGCGGUGUUAGAUAUUUGCACCUCACAAGAUUUUAAGUGCUAGGCCGUAAAUGUCUAAUCGGCAUAUCCUUGCUUGGUAGUGUAUAGGAAAUGCCAGGGAUUGGGGUGACAAUGCAUUACAUGACUGGUUUCUUUUCUUUUUCUCAUUCCCUAAUUAUUUAGAGAAGAAGCCCACUUGAUACAUUUUAUACCUGACUGACCGUUAUUUGCCAACAUACGUGAAUGUCUUGUUUAUAAAAGAGCCAUACUUCCUACGGUGCCAAUCACGGCUGGGCAUUUUCUUGAGGAGCACAUGUAUUAAAGUAGCACGUGUACGGGAAAACAAGGCGUAAAGGGAUUUGGUGAGAUGUAACUCAGUAAUUACUAUACUGACAAGUUUACAUCCUUAGUUUAUUCUAAUUCAUUCUGCAAGAAAGAAUUCUGAAAUUAAAGUGUUUUUUUAUUUAUUCCA